GGAGUGGCCAAUGGGAGGCCGCCGUGUUGCAGGGUGGGGAAGGCGGAAGCGAAGGGGCGCUGGGGGAGCCAUGGGGGUGAAGCUGGAGAUCCUGAGGAUGUUCCUGUACCUGUCCUUCCCGGUCGGGGUGUUCUGGGUGUCCAACCAGGCCGACUUCUUCGAGCGUCACGUGAUCGAGCGCAAGAGGCAGAUCUUCCCGCCGGACAAUCCCGAACGGCGCCGGGCCAUGGCUGAGCUGAAGCAGCGGCUGCGGGAGGGGAAGGGGGCCCAGGCGUGAGGGGACACGAGGACACCCCCGGGGACACGGGGACACACGGCCAUCCCCGAGGACAGAGGGGACACGGGGACACAGGGCCACCCCCGAGGACAGAGGGGACACGGGGCCACCCCCGGGGCCAGCGGGGACACGGCGGGGGCCGGAGGGGACACGUGGCUGCAGCUGUGACGUCGCUGGGACCGCGCUGGGGACGGAGGGGACGCGUGGCCACGUCCUGUCACCGAGACCUCGCCGUGACAGCACCGCAGGGGUGGCAUCGGUGACAAAAGGGACACGGGGCUGCGGCUGUGACGUCUGGGGACAUCAUCACGACCACAUCAGUGGCAGAGGGGACACAACACAUCCUGUCGCCGUGGCCACACCCUGUGCCAUCGCUGGGGCCUCCUGGGGACAGAGGGGACACGUGGCUUUGUCCUUGCACCGGUGCCGUGGCCACGUCGGUGGCAGAGGGGACACGAGGCCACGUCCUGUCCCUGUGGGCACCCCCUGGUGCCACCACCGGGACCGUGUUGGUGACAGCAAGGGCACCUGCAGCCAAUGGCAUCGUGGUGACAGGGGACGUGUGGCCGUGUCCUGUCACCAAAGCCACAUCGUGACAGUGCCGUGGUGACAAUGUCAGUGACAAAGUGACACGUGGCAGUGCCCUGAUGCCAUCCCUGUGGCACGCUGGUGACAGAGGGGACACGUGGCCACGCCCUGUCACCGAAGCCACGUCGUGACGCCGUCGCCGUGCUGGCACCAGUGACAGAAGGGACAGUGGCAGCGUCCCGGUGCCACCACCGUGCCCGCGCUGGCAGAGGGGACACGUGGGCUCCUCUCGUGUCGGUGACAGAAAGGCCACGUGCCCUGGGCUGAUGCCACCACUGCAGGUGGCACCGGGGCCACGUGGCCGCCCCCGUGUCCCUGUGCUGGGGACACGUGGGGACAAACGGGACACGUGUCCGGACCUGCCGCUGCCACCCGGCCCCGAGGGGACACGUGGCACCCCCGGCUGUCCCCUCCCCCAAUAAACGGCGCUGGCACCGCCCGGGGUGUCCCCAGGGUGUCACCAGGGGGUGGCAGGGCCACCCAGGGGUUCUGCGUCCCUCAGUGUCCCCUGGUGCCACCCCAUGGGUGUCCUGUGUCCCUCAAUGUCA